UCCAAAACCCAGCGAUGAAGAAGAUGAAGGAGUGAAACGGUAGAGAUGAAGAUGAUGAGUAGAUUUGGCAAUCGGCGAGUCCAGCCAAUUUCAGUUUGGCUAAAAGCCAAUUCAAGAAGAAAAAACUGAUCACAUUGAGAAAAAACAAAAAAAAUUAAAAAUGGUAGAGAUUACGAGCAUCUUCAUUGUCUUUACUACAACUAUUUCAUCAAAUUCAGCAACACCCAUUUGUUCUAUUCACUACCCUAAUCCUACCCCAUUCAGAAAAAACCCAUCUUUUUUUCCGCCGACUCAUACCAUCCUUCAAUUUUUUUCAUCUCUUUGGAGAUCUUCUCAUACAUCAUGGAUGACAGUGAUGGUAGUCGAUGCAAAGGGCUCAUUUCUACUGUUAGAAAGAAAAGAAGCCAGACGCUGCGGCGACCUAGGACAGAGAAUUUGACAGUUCCUGCAUGCCAUGUUCACUCACCCCAGACAUCACUUUCAGAUAGUGCCUCUAGCGAUGAGUAUAGUGAUGAUGCUAAUGCAGGAGGGAGAAUCGACAACCUCAAUUACUCUAUAUCUAGAGAUUCUUCUGCUAACAGGUUCAAAGGUGAUUAUUCUUCUAAAAAGAACAAGGAGGAUGAGGGAUCUAGAGCGACAUAUGAUAAUGCAUGUGCAGGAGAUGAUACGAAUCCCAGGCAUGGUGCGUCUGUUAGGCAGUUGGGGAAUGUUAGGGACGGUGUAGCUAAUGAUAGCAAGCUGGAAAAGUUGAAGCUGAAAAUUGGUGGAGCGACUGGCAUUAUUCAAACCAAAAACAGUUCUUAUGGAUCAUCUGGCAGUUUAUUGUCUUCUAAAAGUGCACAACCCUCUGAUGCCUCUCAGCCUCGGCAGAAUCUCACUCCUCAGGACAAUUCAACUGAAGACGGUCCUCUUGCAGAUAAGAAAAGUAGGUCGAAAGGAAUUUCGUGCAAGGGUUUCCCAGGAGGCACUUUUGGUGCUAGCAAAAGCAAUAUGAAGAAGAUGCCAAUGAAGAAUGUCAUUAAAAAACAAGGAGACCAGCCACAUCAAAAUCGUAAGGUCCACAGGCGAAGGAGGCUUAUUUUGGAUGAGCUUGAUGAGGAGGAUGAGAUUCACUACUUGGAGAAGCGUAAUGUGGGGGAAGAACUAACUAAGACAAGAAGUCUUUCCGGGGGUUUGAAGGUCGAUAAGUAUGAAAUGUUGGAAGAUGUUGGAAGGUCAGGCAAAGAAGUUAAAAGAAUAUCAAAUCAAGGUUCUGAGUAUACUGAUUAUGAGGAGGAAGAACUAUUGUCUGAUGGAGAGGCCAAGCGGACAAAGAAGAAGGAUAAACAAAUGGAGUCCUAUGAGACACCGGUUGAAACAAAGAGUGAAAUAAGUCUUACAACCCGUCCACGACAACAGGCUCUUCUGUCUGGCAAAGAAGUUAACAGAAAAUUAAAUCGAGGUUCUGAGGAUCCUGAUUAUGAGAAGGAAGAACUAUUGUCUGAUGGAGAGGCCAAGCGGACAAAGAAGAAGGAGAAGCAAAUGAAGGAGUCCUAUGAGACAUCGGUUGAAACAAAGAGUGAAAUAAGUCUUACAACCCGUCCACGACAACAGGCUCUUCUGUCUGGCAAAGAAGCUAACAGAAAAUUAAAUCGAGGUUCUGAGGAUCCUGAUUAUGAGAAGGAAGAACUAUUGUCUGAUGGAGAGGCCAAGCGGACAAAGAAGAAGGAGAAGCAAAUGAAGGAGUCCUAUGAGACAUCGGUUGAAACAAAGAGUGAAAUAAGUCUUACAACACGACAACGGGCUCUUCUAUCAAGAAGGGAUUCAUCUGCUACUUCUGUGAAUCAGAUUGGGUAUCCCUACGGUUGUCCUCCAGCACCACCUCAAAAACAAAAGGAGAAGCUCUCAGAUGUUGAGCAGCAACUGAAAAGAGUAAAGGCUGCUCAGAAACGUAGAAUACGAUAUGAGGAGGUAGCUCGGGAAUCAGAGGCUGAGGCAAUAAGAAAAAUACUAGGUCAAGAUUCCAACAAGAAGAAGCAAGAGAAAAUAAAGAAGCAGCAGGAAGAGUUGGCACAGGAGAAGGCUGCCAAAGAGCUUGCUCCAAACACUAUCAGAACAGUUAUGGGCCCAACUGGAACUGUUGUUACAUUCCCUCAUGAUAUGGGUUUGCCAAGUAUUUUUGACUCUAAGCCUUGCAGUUAUCCUCCCCCUCGUGAAAAAUGUGCUGGUCCUUCCUGUGUGAACCCAUCCAAUUACCGGGAUCUGAAGUCAAACCUUCGUCUUUGCAGUCUUAAGUGCUACAAGGCAAUUCAUGAAAAGAUGAAGGAUUAAAAGACCUGCUAACAUAGUUUAGUUGUGACAUAUGCAGGUUUUGUUGAGGAGAGUGCUAUUAUUACUUGUUGGUUACUGUUUUCUUUUGUAUUUGUGAAUUACUCCAUGGAUC